CUUAGAUUGUACGGUCACACUGCUUCAUCUCUUUCUUUUUCCGGUCGCGAAAUGGGUAUUGAUAUCAACCACAAGUACGAUCGUAAGGUUCGCAGAACCGAACCCAAAUCUCAGGAUGUUUACCUGCGUCUGCUGGUCAAGCUUUACCGCUUCCUGCAGCGUCGUACCAACAAGAAGUUCAACCGCAUCAUCCUGAAGCGUUUGUUUAUGAGCAAAAUCAAUCGCCCACCACUAUCUCUGCAGCGUGUCGCUCGUUUCUUCAAGGCUGCCAAACAGCCUGAAUCUACCGUGGUUGUUGUGGGUACAGUGACCGAUGAUGCCCGCUUGUUGGUGGUCCCCAAGCUGACUGUUUGCGCUCUGCAUGUUACCCAAACCGCUCGCGAGCGUAUCUUGAAGGCUGGCGGUGAAGUCCUGACAUUCGAUCAGUUGGCUCUUCGCGCACCAACCGGAAAGAAUACAUUGCUGUUGCAGGGCCGUCGUACCGCCCGCACUGCCAACAAGCACUUCGGCAAGGCUCCCGGUGUACCCCAUUCGCACACUCGCCCCUAUGUCCGCUCCAAGGGACGUAAAUUCGAACGUGCUCGUGGUCGUCGCUCCAGCUGUGGCUACAAGAAGUAAGCAGCAACAGCAAAAGAAUGAUUGGAGGAGCAGCGUUUACGUCGUCGUCACUUUUUGGUUAUAACAGAUAUUGAUUUGUCAGAGAUCGAAGGAUAUAAAUUCGCCAUGGCGACGUACUUCGUCAUCGGCAAUAAAGAAUUUUUGUUCCAAAUGGUAAAAAA